AUGUGGCUUCCCCAUCACUUACUUGCUGUUGUCUUCAUCAGUCAGCUCAUAAUUGACACCGACGCGUCCUUCGGUAGAUCCAGCUCGACUAGACUUUGGCUUACAGAUGGAGACCUAGUGGAGGAUGUGAGAGCCAGUACUGGCAGCCCGAAUUGGAGCGGUUUCAUCAAAUUACGCCCACCUCGUACGGUUACGCCCAGGGAAGCACUUUCCUAUUUCAAAAAAAAAUGCCACCCUCCAUUUCUACAAACCCUUGAAAAUACUCAACUUGUGCAGAAAGCGUUAAACUAUCUUAUCCACGAAGACAUGCCUACGGAACAGCUAGAGGAUUGGUGCUCAUUCCUGACCAAUAAAAUGGAGUCCCGUCGGGGAUUCGGAGUGAUUGCCCAUUCAAUUCUCUAUACGUAUCACACUCUCCUUCUCAAGAAUAUCUAUAAUGAGCGUAUCCCGUGGAAAAUCAGUGAAAUGGUGAAAUAUCUUUGGGAAAGAACUAGAGUACCCCCUCAUCAGCCAAAUCUAAGGGAAGAACUGGAGCGGGAACCCGAUUCACCCAAGCUUGAUCGCAGUUCCAAUUUUUCCAAACGGGUUCAAGAUGAUCUCAAGAAACCGUCAAGCGAUGACAAGAGCUUGAAACUUUUGUGGGAUGCAAUAAAAGACGGCAAUACUCGAUAUAUAACCUACAACCUGCGUCAAACCAUCCUAGAAAUCUUCUCCACUCACCCAGCAAAAUCCAUGUCUCGAGUGGCUUUGAUAGAUAUGCUCUUUCAUUUACUCCACGCCGAUCGUCCGCAUAUCAGACUACAAGUCUAUAGACUUAUAGAAUUACUCAAAGGAGAAAAUUAUUUAAGUGAUAGUGAAGUCAAAAUAUUAGCAACUUGGUUGGAUUAUUGCCGCAUUGAUUCUGCCACUGGCCAAGUACAGACACUUCUUCCCGUUCUCCAUGCAUUUGAUGUAUCAACCUUAACAUAG